AUGACGAGUUAUACUUUGGCACAAAUCUUGGCCCAAGCUUCGAGCAGCGUGGCAUCCAAGAAUAAUAUUUUCUAUACUACCCCAUCAAAGGCCGCUACAUCCAGUAUUGCCUCAGAAUUGGCCGGAUCGGGCGCAGUUAGAUUGCUAAGUGGCAAUGAUCCAUUUGCUACAGUAUCAGAAACGGCCUCCAAGGAUCAAUUCACGACAGUUUUCACAGAUGACUCAACUUUGCUAAAGGCCUUACCAUAUUUGUUCCAACUAAAGAGCCUUCCUGUUGUCAUCAACGUUGAGUUGACCUUGCAAGACUUCUCUGUUAUUCCUGCAUUGAAAGAUCUGGGAUUCGUCUCUCUGGUUUCUAAUAACUUUGUUGAUGCCAAAGCAGCCGCAGAAGUCUCUUAUAACAUCGCAGGAAAACUCUUGCAACCAGUACUACAUUAUAUCAGCAUCCCUUACCAAAGCGAAGGUUCCGCUGAAUUAAGCCUUCCAAAUGUAGAGAUAGUGCAGGAAGUUGAAGACAAAAUAGAAGACUUGUUAACCGUAAACAAGUUUGAAUUUUACAGUCAUGACAAAGAACCAACCACUGCGAUUGUCAAUUUGUCCCCUUACGCCCAAGAAUUUUUCAAAGUGCUCCCAAAGGACACCGCAGUAUUGGAUUUGAAGGUUUAUAGGCCAUUUGAUCUUUCUUCUCUAUUCGCAGAACUACCAGCUUCAGUAAAGGAUAUAGUGAUUGUCCAAAAGUCCAAUAGAAAACCUGAGAACACAAAUGGUUUCGAACCAAUCCAACUUGAUUUCUUCUCUGAUUUCAAUCUUUUAGUUGAAAAGAAGAUAAAUCAAAUUAUCGUAACAAACGUUGGGGACGUUAGCGACUUCGAGAAGACCCUGCAACAAAUCGUGUCCAAUGUUAAAUCAUCAUCUCCAGAUCUAUCUCUAUACCUUGGAACACCGAGUGAAUCGGAAUCAAAUCGCGAUUUAUCUGUAUCUAUUGCAGGUGCGCUCUCUUUGGAAUCUGCGUAUGAAAAGGUGUUGAAAGAGCUCUUCAAGUCUAAUUUGGAAGUGCUAAACGAGUAUGAUCAUGAAACCAUCAACGUUUCUAGUCCCGAAUAUGGUUUCGGUAAGUUUUUGAAACUAAAAGAAGAACGUCAAAGGUUAAUCGCUUUGGCCGAAAAGUCUUUGGAUGCAUCUUCUUAUACUUCUGCAGAUGGUCAAAAGAUUGUUGAACUUCUUGAUCAAUGGAUAAACUACAAUAAGACAUCUCUAGAUGAAGCAUCCAUUGAGAAUGGAAAUAAGGUUGCUGAGGAAUUAUACGAACUCUUGCGCUCAAAUGACCACUCAACAACGGCUUUAUCAUUGCUAAAGAGAAUUGACGAUGUUGAGAAACUAAAGUUCAGAUCAUCUUGGUUAGUCGGAUCAGACGCCUGGUCGUAUGAUCUAGGUCAAUCUGGUGUCCAUCAUGUUCUUGCUUCCAAUGAAAAUAUCAAUGUCCUUAUCAUUGAUUCCGACCCUUACGAUAAGAUUAGAGAACUGGCGCCAAAGUCCAGAAAGAAGGAUGUUGGUUUGUACGCGAUGAAUUUUGGUAACGCCUAUGUGGCUUCUGUUGCUGUCUACUCUUCAUACACCCAACUCUUAACAGCUUUCGUGGAGGCUGCUAAAUUUGUCGGUCCUUCUAUCGUUUUGGCGUACUUGCCAUAUAAUUCUGAAAAUGAUACCCCAUUGGAAGUUUUGAAGGAAACUAAAAUUGGUGUUGAAAGUGGUUAUUGGCCAUUGUACAGAUUUAAUCCAAAGGACGAAAAAGAGGAAGAAGUUUUCAAGUUAGAUUCAUCUGUCAUCAGAAAGCAACUGCAAGACUUCCUUGAUCGUGAGAAUAAGCUAACACUUUUAGCCAAAAAGUCUCCUGAGUUCGCUAGAAACUUAGAACAAUCGUCAUCUACUGUAAUUCAACAAAAGCAGGAGCGUAGAGCAAAGGCCGCUUUUGACCAACUUCUAGAAGGUUUGUCAGGUCCUCCUUUGCAUGUAUACUAUGCUUCAGAUGGUGGAAAUGCAGCUAAUUUAGCCAAGAGAUUAGCAACAAGGGCUGCUUCUAGAGGCUUGAAAAGUACCGUUUUGUCUAUGGAAGAUAUUGUCUUAGAAGAACUUCCAGGUGAAGAAAACGUUAUAUUUAUCACCUCCACAGCCGGUCAGGGUGAAUUCCCACAAGAUGGUAAGGCAUUCUGGGACUCAUUGAAAUCUUCUACUGAUAUUGAUUUAGCAUCACUAAACUUCUCCGUGUUUGGUUUAGGUGAUUCUCAAUACUGGCCACGUAAGGAAGAUGCCCAUUAUUACAACAAACCUGCUAAGGACUUAUUCAAGAGAUUAGAACUUCUUUCUGGUAAUGCACUUGUCCCUCUUGGCCUAGGUGAUGAUCAAGAUGCCGAUGGAUACCAAACUGGGUACAGCGCAUGGGAAUCACAAUUAUGGGAAAAGCUUGGUGUUUCUAAUGCAGUCGUUCCUGAUGAACCAAAACCUAUAACUAAUGAAGAUAUCAAAAUUGCAUCAAACUUUUUGAGAGGUACAAUUGUUGAAGGCUUACAAGACGAUUCUACGGGUGCUAUAUCUGCUUCAGACCAACAACUAACAAAGUUCCACGGUAUUUACAUGCAAGACGAUCGUGACAUCAGAGAGACCAGGAAAAGUCAAGGCCUUGAACCUUACUACAUUUUCAUGUCCAGAGUUAGAUUGCCUGGUGGUAAAGCCAGUCCAGACCAAUGGCUGGUUUUGGAUCAUCUUGCUGAUAAAACCGGUAAUGGAACUGUUAAGAUCACCACAAGAGCUACCUUUCAGUUGCAUGGUGUUGUGAAACGCAACUUAAAGCAUACUAUCAGAGCCAUGAAUUCCACUUUGAUGGAUACAUUGGCAGCUUGUGGUGAUGUGAACAGAAAUGUCAUGAUAUCUGCCCUCCCUGCAAAUGCUAAGGUUCAUAAGCAAAUUGCCGAAGUCGGUAGUGCAAUCUCUCAACGUUUCCUUCCUGAAACUACUGCCUAUCAUGAGAUUUGGUUGGAGGGUCCAGACAAAGAUGAUGAGGAUCCUUCCUGGCCUGAAGUAUUUGAGAAAAGACCUGAUGGCCCUAAAAAGAAGAAGACUCUUGUUGCAGGUAACGCAUUAGUAGAUGCAGAACCAGUCUACGGACCAACAUACUUGCCAAGAAAGUUCAAAAUCAAUAUUGCAGUUCCACCUUUCAAUGAUGUUGAUGUCUGGUCUAGUGAUGUAGGUUUGGUUGCUAUAGUAAACGAGUCGGAUAUUUUGACCGGUUUUAAUCUGUAUGUUGGUGGUGGUAUGGGUUCUACUCACAAUAACAAGAAAACAUACCCAAGAACUGGUUCUUGUUUCGGUUUUGUUUCGGUUGCAGAUGUUGGCGAUGCUAUUGAAAAGGUUAUGAUUGUCCAAAGAGACCAUGGUGACCGUUCUAAUCGUAAACACGCUCGUUUAAAGUACACUAUCGACGACUUGACAGUUGAAGUCUAUAAACAAAAGGUGGAAGAGUUGUGGGGUAAGAAAUUCGAUCCAGCAGCUCCAUUCGAAAUCAAGUCCAACAUUGACUACUUUGGAUGGGUUAAAGACGAGACUGGUUUAAACCAUUUCACAGCAUUUAUUGAGAAUGGUAGAGUGGAAGAUAGUGUGGAAUUACCCCAAAAGACUGGUUUCAAAAAGAUUGCCGAACUAAUGAAGAAGGAUGGGUUCGGUCAUUUCAGACUAACUGGUAACCAACAUGUUCUGAUUUGUGAUGUUGAUGAUGGACACUUAGAGGAAGUGAAAAAGAUUAUGAACAAAUAUAAAUUAGACAAUACUAACUUCAGUGGUUUGAGGCUAUCGUCGGCCGCAUGUGUUGCUCUACCAACAUGUGGAUUAGCUAUGGCAGAAUCAGAACGUUAUUUGCCAGUUUUGAUCACAAAAUUGGAAAAUGCAUUAGAAGAGUAUGGGUUACGUCACGAUUCUAUUGUGAUGAGAAUGACUGGUUGUCCAAAUGGUUGUGCUCGUCCUUGGUUAGCCGAGGUUGCACUGGUCGGUAAAGCACCAGGAACCUAUAACCUCCUACUCGGUGGUGGUUACUAUGGUCAAAGAUUAAACAAGUUGUAUAGAGCUUCUAUUAAAGAAGAAGAAAUUCUUGCAACAUUGAAGCCACUAUUCAAGAGAUGGUCAUUAGAAAGAAACGAAGGUGAACAUUUCGGUGACUUUGUCAUCAGGGUUGGAAUUAUCAAGCCAACAUUGGAAGGAAAAUACUUCCAUGACGAUAUACCAGAAGAAGCGCUUUAG